AUGAAACAACUUACGACCGCAUUCAUUCUCUUGACAGGCCUUGCAUGCAAGGCCGAUAGUUUGAGCAAUAGAGGAAUGGUCUAUGGAUUUGAGGAUCUUACUCCAUCUGCCAAUCUCACGUGGACUCCAUGUUUCGACGAUUUCAGGUGCUCUAAGCUGGAAGUCCCAUUGGACUAUUCAAACCCUAGUCUUGGCAAGACGUCGGUCGCCUUUAUGAAACUGUCUGGGAAGAAUGCCACGACCCAAUCGCCGAGCAUUGUACUCAUCCCUGGCGGUCCGGGUGGUUCUGGCAUCGACAUUCUUCUUACAUCUCGGUCCGUGGUAGGGCAGAUGUUCGGGGAGCAGUAUAACGUCGUGUCUUUUGACCCUCGCGGAGUGAACAACAGCGGCUUGAACUUUGACUGCUUCCGUGGGAAUGCAGAGGCAAGAACGGCAUUUAAUCGACUGCAUGCCACAAGGGCUACCAACGUCUCGUCAGAGUCUCUUCAAGAGCAGUAUUAUUCAGCUAGUAUCUACGGCGAGUGGUGCAACGAGGCCGUGGCGAACGAAGCACCCCACGGAUACUACGUCACUACACCUGCAGUUUCCCGAGACUUGCUCACAUUUGUCGAGGCCGAGGCCACACUGGCCAAUCAGCCAGAGUCAGAUGCUAAAUUAUGGUCUUACGGUAUGAGUUACGGCACAGUCAUUGGAGCGACCUUCGCCGCUAUGUUUCCCGACCGAGUUGGGAGAAUGAUACUCGAUAGUGUUUUGGAUGCCGAGCAAUACUAUGACAAUAACUGGAGGGACGUCACGGACCAAAUGGACGAGACCAUCGAGAAAUUCUCUAGCUUGUGCCACUCCGCGGGCCCUGAGAAGUGUUCCUUCUGGGGACCAUCGCCGACUGAUAUCACAGCUAGAUUGGACCGGAUCAUCCUUGAGCUUCAGAGUCAUCCAGUGGCUGUAAGCAGAGCUCAAAGUCAAGGGCUACCAAAAAUGGCCACCUAUUCAGACCUAAAAGAUUUUAUUUUCACUAAUAUCUACACGCCACUACUAGGCUUCCCAGCCAUAGCCGAUGUACUGCAUCAGCUAGAGAACGGCAACGCUUCGGCUCUCGCGGACGUGUCCGACGGACUAGGCAUAGGGAUCGAUGCUGGUUUUGUUAUUCGAUGCGUUGAUUCAUACCGAAGAAACAAGCUCGCUACCAUUGAGGAGUUCAAGGACUACGUCGAAUACAUGGUCUCCACGAGCAAGUACACCGGCGAUAUCUUCCCCAUAGUCGCAGAAAAUAUCGUGUGCAGAUCAUUUCGGCCGCAAUUACCUGCUAGUAUGGACAUUCAAAACCCGAUGGGCGAAAUACAAAGACCUACGGCCUUCCCGAUUCUAGUCACCAGUAACACGGUUGACCCAGCAUCACCCGUCAAGUCGGCCCGCAAGUUGUCUGCUCGAUUUCCAGGAUCGGUCCUCCUGCUGCAAGAAGGAGUCGGGGUAAGUCAAUUCUAA